AUGAUCAUCUACCGCGACCUCAACAGCCAUGAUGAGAUGUUCUCCGACAUCUACAAGAUCUGGGAGGUGGAGGGGGGGGAGACGGGCAGUAGGUCAGAGGGUAACAUUGACCACUCUCUUGUUGGUGGAAAUGCUUCUGCUGAAGGCCCCGAGGGCGAAGGCAGGGAAAGCACAGUAACCACUGGUGUCUAUAUUGUCAUGAACCAUCACUUGCAGGAAACCAGCUUCACAAAAGAAGCCUACAAGAAGUACAUCAGAGAUUACAUGAAGCCAAUCAAAGGGAAACUUGCAGAACAGAGACCAGAAAGAGUAAAACCUUUUAUGACAAGGGCUGCAGGACAAAUCAAGCACAUCCUUGCUAAUUUCAAAAACUAUGAGAGCUAUGAGUCAAAAUCCAUCUUUGGAGAAUGGGACUGGUAA